GCUCUCUGCUCAAUUCAUACACAAGGGGUACCUACCUACCUACGUAAAGUUUGGGAAGCACUGCGUAAACGCAUUCCGUGGUAACGCAGUCGCGAUGCGCGCGCCGGCCGGUCCCGUGGCCUGUGCCAUACUCCUCGCUUCCUCUGCGGCCCUGGUACUCGCGCUCGAGGGAGGAUAUUAUGCCGAGGAAUACCAUGAAGACCCCAUUGAUGUGGAGGAGUACGACAGUGCGUGCCCGUCCGACAGGCUGCUGCGCACGCGGGAGACCUGCCGUGUGGACGGCGCCGACGUACAGUGCAUCAAGCUGGGAUGUUGCGACACACACGUGUACCUCGCCGGACGUUGUAUCCCUAAAACAGUGGACCCGUGCAGCUUGCGGCUGUGCGAGCAGGCCUGUGAGGUGCACGGCGACCUCCUGUGGUGCUCCUGCCACAAGGGCUUCAAGUUCAACCAACACAACUACCGGCGGAAACAGCAACCUUAUUGCGUUGAUGUGGACGAAUGCGCCAUCAACAACGGCGGGUGCGAGCAGCGGUGCGUGAACGAUGUAGGCGGCCACCACUGCGAUUGCGCGGCCCCGCUCACUCUGUCACCCAGGGACGGCAAGAGCUGCGAGCGGCCCGUGCCUAUCGCAGUACCGGAGCCGUUACCACUGAUUCGCGCGUCAUCUCGUUGCUACGCACCGUGCGACACUGUGUCGUGGUUAUCCCGCAGAGUGAAGCAGUUGAGCGACCAACUGCGAACGACUGAAGCAGCGCUCAAGAAGAUAACAGAGCAUUCCAUCUUCAAAGAAGAUGGUGAACGUUUUGCAGAAGGCACACUUUCAUACCGAGUGCUAGAUGCUACCGCACCUUUGGAAGGAGGCUACUGUCGUUGUGAAAGAGGUCCUAGGGGCCCCGCAGGAGCACCCGGUAUGGAGGGCCCCAAGGGCGCGACUGGGGCGCGGGGCCCGCGGGGCGCUCGCGGUCCCCAGGGCUCACUCGACCUCACGUUACUGCUUCUCGCCGACAUUCGCCACGACAUCCGCAACCUGGAGGCUAGGGUCUACGCCCAGGGCGAGCAGCCGGAGCGUUUCAACCUGCAGAAGGCGUGGCGUCACCAACGCAAGCAGUCACAGCUGGAGCAGGAGGCCCUCACGGAACAGGCACUGGAGGCCUACACCGCGCCGCCACUCGUCAGCCAGGGGCCCGUCGAGAUAUCGCCCAACGGUUAGCACAUAUUACUCCCAUGCAGUCGCAUCUGGAGCAGGAGGCCCCCACGGAACAUGCACUGGAGGCCUACACCGCGCCGCCACUCAUCAGCCAAGGGCCCGUCGAGAUAUCGCCCAACGGACAAACAGGAGAGCUGGUGCAUUCGGAGAGUAGCACUGACUGGACGCUCGUGAAGGGCGAGACCGAACCUCCGGAACUACCACAACUCACGCAGGACAUGACCACGAUGGACGCCAAGCUGCGAGAGUUCUACAUCCUGGUGAACACCACCAGCCCGGGUGAAGAACCUCCCGAUGAUGAUGACGACGGAGACAUAGACUACAGCAUGUACUGAAUACAACAAGUGACCACACGAACCGCCUUUAAUUCUUACUACCCUCAAACUCUUCAGAAAUUUGUUUUUAAUAGAUCGAUUAUUUUUCGUAAACAGUGAAGUUGUAUUAUAUACAUCCUAGAUACAGUUAUUAACUGCACGGAAGCAGCACAAAAAUAUCUAUCUACUACUACUUAAGGUAUCUACCUUAAUUGUGUAUUGUAUUGUAUCUACAAUACAAUACACAAUUCUUUAUUGAUAACACCAUAGUACAGUACAUAAAUGCGGUACAUACAUUGUUUAAACAUAGUCAUUCAAUGGGCGGUCUUAUCGCUUAAAGCGAUUUCUUCAACCUUUGGAUGGAGAGGAUAAAAAGAAACUGGAGUCGGUGGUGUUAUAAAAGAAACAAGGGAUAUAAAAAAUGUAUAUAACUAUGUAUAUAACUAUAUAUAUUAAAUAUAUAUACAUACCAUACAUACAUAAUAUAUACACAUAAUAUUACUAUUAUAUACCUACUAGUUGACCCAGCGAACUUCGUAUCGCCAUAAAAAUAUGGGUGGUAAAAGGGUGAAAAUUUUGUAUUGUAUGUAUUUUUAAUGCCUCAUUAUCAAAAAAAAAUUAGGGGUGGACAACCGUUAUUUCACUUAGGGGUAUGAAAAAUAGAUAGUAGCCGAUUCUCAUCGGAGGAGUAUGGUUACUAACAUUGUGACACGAGAAUCUUUAUAUAUAUAAUUCUUCU